AGUGGGCAGAGCGGAGGACUACACCCCCCCCUGCUGAUGUUGAGAGCAGGUCAUGCGGCCUGCUCUGUUUUGAUUCACGGCGCAGCGGAGCGGGCGGGGCAGGCGGUCAUGGCGGCGGAGGAGGACAGGAGGAGCGGCUGAUUCUCUCACGCAGCCCUGCCCCUGCGACCGAGCUCCGUUGUUUCACACUUGGCAGGAGGAGACAUCGGGGAAGCUGGCGGCCUUGUACACUCCGCUGCUCCUCCAGGAGGACAUGGAGACCGCGGCGGAGGAGGAGGCGGAGGAGCGCAGGAGGGAGCACUGGAAGCUGCUGUCCUCCCUGAAGACCACAGUGGAGGGUCUCGUGUCCACCAACAACCCCAAUGUGUGGUCCCGUUAUGGCGGCCUGCAGCGGCUCCAGAAGGACAUGAACCACAUCCUCAGUCACGGCUUGAAGAAUGAGCAGGUUUACUACAAGCAGAGAGACUACUGGCCGUUUGUGUGGUGUGUCCGCUACAUCAGCCCCCACCUCGCCUCACACGUUGAACAGUUCAGUAAGCUGGAGCCGGUGCUGAGCAGCGGGAUGCGGAGCACUGGUGAAAGCUACAAGGCCGAGCGCUGGCUGCUUCACAGCUUACAGGUUCACAUGCUGUCAGCUCAGCUCCGACCUCUGCUCAGGCAUCUGGGACAUGCACGUAAAUACUAUAAUGAUUAUGCGUUUUUGCUGAGCGAGCCUCACGUGACUGCCAUGUUUCAGUGUCUGGAAGCUGUGGAACAGAACAAUCCCAAACUGCUGGCCCAAGUAGACACAGUUGGGCUGUCCCCUCUGAAGGGCCCACAAUGUCUGGGUCUGUUGAAGAGCCAGAGCCUGUGUGUGUUGCCAGGGGCCGGUGGAGCCUGGAGAAACCGUGACGCAGUGCCCAGAGGAGAAACUCUAAACCGCAGACUUACCACCUCCAACUGCUCGUUGCGCGAAGCAGUCUUCACCGGCCACAAAUCUGGACCCUCUACGGGAGUCCGGUCCCAAAACAGCAACAGCACAAACACUACCUCUCCUGCCAGCAUCGUCGGACCUCCCUGGGUGUGUGUGUCCAGGCCAGGGGAGAGCGAGCGAGGCAUAACAUCCCCCCCCGGCUCCGUCCCUUGUAUCACCCUAACGGAGUCCACAAGGCCCACCCAUCCCCAACCUGAAGCAGGUGACUCUGGUGAUGGUGACUAUGACGACGGGCCAGAGUACCUGGCUAUCGGUAACCUGGGGCAACGCAGUCGCCGUGACUCCCAAAGCUCCACCCACAGUAGCGAGCAGGGUGGGACCCUUGGGCAUUCAAUGGAGCGAAGAUCCCAGGCCCCGCCCCCACCUCGGCGCUCGUCUUUCUCUGAGGUCCAGAGGGGGUCGGGCCGCGGGUCCAGAGGACACACCCGCUCGUUCUCAGACACAGGGAUCAAUCAGAAACUCAGGAAUGAAUCGCCCGGUGACGACUGCUCCAUGAAGGACUACAGCCCCUUCUCUCCUCAGUGCAGUGAUUCCAGCAAUCCAAGUUCCCUCUACAUGGAGUCUUAUGGGUCCCAGUACAGCAGUGUGCCAGAUGGGAUGUUCAGGAAACCGUCAGAGGGCCAGAGCCUCAUCAGCUACCUGUCAGAGCAGGACUUUGGCAGCUGUGCUGACCUUGAAAAGGAAAACGCCCAUUUCAGCAUUUCCGAGUCCCUUAUUGCAGCAAUCGAGUUGAUGAAGUGCAACCUGCGGCGUCGGGAAGAGGAGGGUGAGGAGGAGGGAGACAGUGAUUGUGAGAUUCAGCAGCUCAAGCAGAAGAUCCGCCUGCGCAGGCAACAGAUCCGCCACAGCCGCGUGCCGCCCUCCACAACCUCCCAACACAAUAUUCACUCCACUGACAGUGGAGGCUCCAGGAGGAGCUCUCAGGACUCCUACCAGGGCCUGUCGGACUCGGGCUCAGCUGAGGAGGUGGAGGAGUGCGAACUAAGAGAUGGCUGCGAGGGUCAGUCCCUGCUGGCGGUGUCUCAGAACGGCCUCUCCCUGUCACUCGCCUCCCUCUUCUCAGAUGCAGACAUAAAGCGCAGUGUGAGCAGCAGAUCUUUUCUCAGCUCAGAGUCCAUCUCUCCAUCCUUCCUUCAGUCUAACUCUGCUGAGUCAGUAGCCAUGGGUUUGCUCAGGCAGUUUGAGGGCAUGCAGCUUCCUGCUGCCUCAGAGCUGGACUGGCUGGUCCCAGAACACGACGCUCCACAGAAGCUGCUGCCCAUCCCUGACUCUCUCCCGAUCUCACCUGACGAUGGUGAACACGCAGACAUCUACAAACUGAGGAUUCGUGUCCGCGGCAACCUUGAGUGGGCACCGCCGCGACCGCAGAUCAUCUUCAACAUCCACCCCGCCCCCAAGAAGAAGAUAGUUGUGGCUAAACAAAACUACCGCUGCGCUGGCUGCGGCACCCGCAUCGACCCAGACUAUAUUAAGCGACUGCGUUACUGUGAGUACCUCGGCCGUUACUUCUGUCAGUGCUGCCAUGAGAACGCCCAGGCGGUGGUUCCCGGUCGAGUGCUGAGGAAGUGGGACUUCAGCAAGUACUACGUCAGCAACUUUGCCCGUGACCUUCUGAGCAAGAUUGCUGGAGACCCACUGUUCAACCCUAACGACAUCAACAGCGGCCUCUACAAGAAGGUUAAAACUCUGGAAGCUGUACGGGUUUUGAGGGUGCAGCUGUUUCACAUGAAAAAUCUCUUCAAGACCUGUCGCUUUGCUAAAGGGGUGCUGGAACACUUCGACAGCCUGCCAGGUCACCUGACUGAGGACCUUCACCUCUUCUCCCUCAAUGACCUCAGUGCUGUGCGCAACGGAGAACUGGCCCCCCGGAUGAAAGAGCUGAUUAAACUUGGUACCGUGCACGUAGACGGUUGUGUGCUCUGCCAGGCGAAGGGUUUUGUGUGCGAGUUCUGCGGCAACGACAAAGACAUCAUCUUCCCCUUUCAGCUGAACAAGUGCCAGCGCUGCGAAGAAUGUCGUGCGUGUUACCAUCGAAACUGCUUCCGGGCGGGUAAAGAAUGCCCUAGAUGUCUGCGGCUGGCGGAGCGGAGGGAGAGGAUGGCACGGAAAAACAUGGAGGAACAAGAAGACGAGGGAGGAGGGACCUAGUGCCGGUAACAGAGGGAACUCCGAGGAGGUAGAAGAAGAAGAAGAAGAGCACAACACGACCCUGAUUGUAGUCACUGACCACCUCUCUUUCCGUUCCAGUCCUCUCAGACCUGGGUGACCAUACUCGUUGCAAACAGCUGUUUGAUCUCAACAGGCUUUACCACAUCAAGUCAUCAGUGUCACAUGAGCUGAAAAGGAACGUGGCCUCUGUUGAUUCUCAGAUAAAUUAUUUCUCCAAGCCCUUUUCACACAAAGGCUACGGUCAUUUAAACAAAGACUUAAGUGACAGUUAUGAAACAUAAUAAUUCCUUCAAAGGCAUGGCAGUUUUCUAAUUAUGCUUUGGUCAACCUGAGGGAAACAAUGCUUAGUUAGAAAGGCACACAGAGAGGCUUAAAGACUUGAACUCUAUCUCGCCAUCUCAAAGAAAGUGGGAAAAUAAAUCUUGGAUCCGCCCAUUUAUUCACAUCUGCUACAAAAUUGUUUGGGUUCUUCCUUGGGCCAUGUUCCACAUUUGCACAUAAUUUCAUGACAAUUGAUUCAGGAGUUUUUGCGUAAUUCUGCUAAAAAAUAAAGAUAAUUCCUCCUUAAAAUACUUCGCCGUAUUUCACAAUGUGAAAAGAAAUUCCUGGAAAUUCCAGAUCCUGAUCAUUAUAUGAUCAGGAUCUGCAUCAAAAUUGGUUGGGUUCUUCCCUGACCCAUACCACAUCCUUCCUCCUUCCACGUUUCAUGGUAAUCCUUCCUGUGGUGUCUGUCCGACCUUGUUUACAAACAAACAGACAACCAACAAACAGACAGGGCUGAAAACACCGCUUUUCCCUUUAUGAGCAGCACUGCCCUCGUGUGUACAGUUCAGAAAAGUAAUAAAAAAAAAAAUAUAUAUAUAUAUCAACUUCAAAUUCAUUCGAAUGUCCAAUGUGUGAAAAGGGCCUGAGAGUCACGUCUCCUGUGGUAAAAUCAAUAUACUUUUUCACAUUUAAAUAGAUCAGAAAACAAAUAUUUGUUCAGAGUAUUGUGCCCAGGUUUGAUAUUUAUCUUUCCUACAACUGCAGCUUCUGGCAUCUGCUUUGACUCGGGUGAUUUCUACUGGCUACUGGCUUAGCUGAAGUUUGUUUCUGUGAAUUAAAAGGACAGAAUUUAUUUGAAAAGAGGAAGAAAUAGCAACUAAUUCAAAGUUUAGAUCUGUUUUAUGAUUUGACUGAUUUCCAGUACAGACACUGUAUUGAAGCUAUCCUGCCCUUUAUACUGAAUUGUUUGUUUUUAUUUUUAAAAUGAAUUAAUCCUUAGUGUUCUGUUUUAAGCUGUUUUAGCCGUGAUUACGUGCCUCUAGGACCAAUGAACUCAAGUCUGGCAGAGCUGCUGGAUUGAUAGAAGCACUGCACUUCAGGUAGAGGUCUCAGAGUCAGUGUGGCAAAAUAUUUUGAAAUCGCAAAUGCUCCGCUUUAGUGCUGCUUGGUGAGCCUGUGUGGUUCCUAGAAAGAGCUGUGUGAAUAUGAGAGUGUGUGUGAAUAUGAGAGCGUGUGUGUGAGUGUUUUGAGAGAGAGAGAGUGUGUGUGUGUGUGAGAGAGUGAAUGUAUGUACACACACGUCUACCUGCUGUACAUGUAACCAUGAACAAAGCCGAAUCAGCACUUGCCUGUUAUUUUCAAACAGCUUUGGAUUAACAGAGUCCGGCGAUUUGCACUGACGUCCUGUCUGUUGUUGAGGAGUCAUGGAUCACUCACUGGGGGAUUUUUCAGAUGCUCAGUUGUUCGAACCUUCACUGUUUCUUUAAUGAAGCUCCUGUCACCUGGGUCCCACUGCAAUGUGAAGGGUGUUAGUCCAAAACGUUAGAGUCUGUCAGUGCAGCAGAAACAUGAAUCGCUUCUCAGACUGAAAUCUUUCAGUGGGUUUUGGCCUGCGACAGAUCGUAGUUGUCGUGGUUCCCAACUUUCUUUGGCUCAACACCCUUUAAAGCAAUAGUUCAAAAUUUUGGAUUUGCUCUUAUUUACACUCAUGUGCUCUUUUGCUCGGACUUAAAUAAGAACAUUGACACCUCUCCCUUGUCUGUAUGUUAAAAUCUAUUAGGAUAUGGAUUUUCAGAAACCUAAAGAAGUGUGGCAACAUUUUAUUUUUAUUUUUAUUUUCAUAACGUAACCCUUCAGAUUUCUCGAAGGACCCUUUUGGAUCCUGAUGCGUUGGUUGGGAACCACUGAUCUAGUCACGUGUUAUUGUCUGUUGCUCUUUAAAAGAGUUUCUGCUCUGAAACUCGUCCAGAGUUAAAAACAGAAAAUGUCUUGUGACUGAUUUUGCUUCCAGGGCUUCAUCUCUUCACCGUCUCUGUAGUGAGUUCAAACAACCAGCAGCCUGAUGUCUUUUCACAGGAUGAUCAAAUGGUUGUUGUUUUGUUGUGGGAAAAAUUAAUAAUAUGUUCUUUUCAAUAUAGGAAUCAAGUUAUAGGAAAUUAAAACAUUUGAGAUUUUUUGUUUUGUUGCCCUGGAUGUUUUUCCCCAAUUGCAAUCUUGUAUGAAACCUUUAAACAGGCUACAUUCCAUUACCCCAUCCUCUACAGGCUCUGCUGUAUGUGGACAGACUGUCUCUCACAAGACGCUGCUUAAAGCAAUAAGUAUGACGUUCAUGUCCCUCAGCUCACAGACACAGAGCAUCACACAGAUGAAGUGCUCCCACGGCUCUCUGCGUUUCAACCAGGCUGCUCUUUAAAGGAAACUCCUAGCUCUUCACCUAAUCACUCCUUAACGAAGCGACCAAAUGACUCCAAUGAAAAAAAAAGCUCAGCAGAUUGUUUGACCUUGGAUUGCCUUUAACACGGAGGAAGAGUGUGGAGGUUUUAAGUGCACUACAGAUGAAAAUGUCUAUCAUAACUAUUAAAAAUGUUAAUUAUUAUAAUGAUUAUUAUUUGUGUUCAUUUGCCUUUGUUCUAUGAUGAUGUUGAAAAUAAAAGACUGGCUAGACUGUU